CCCCUCCGCCCCGCGGCACUAAUGAGCGGUCCGUCCCCGCGCUCUCCUGCCUGGAAGUGCUGACAGAUCAAGGCAACAAAUUUCAAUUACAAGCCCUAAUUUGUGUCCGCAGAGCGUUUGUUACCCAUGUCAGUCCUGUUGGGCCCAUCAGACGGGGCAGAGCGAGAAGGAGGAGGAGGAGGAGGAGGAGGAGGAGGGGGAGAAAAAGGGAGCAUCUGCAAAAAGGAAUAGAGGGCUCUUUUUUUUUUCCUCCCCUCGGAAAAAAAAAAAAAAAAAAAAAAAAAAAAAAAAAAGACAACAACAACAACAAAAAAAACUUGGCUGAUAACUCGGAUUUAAAAAGAAAGGCGAGGAAAAGCCCAGGCCCCAGCCGGCGCGGUCGGGAGGACGGGCGGGCGGCGCUGGCUGCAGGGGGGGCAUGGCCGACAAGCGGCGGGCCUCGCCCGGCACCACCAUGAGCCUGAAGGCUCACGCCUUCUCGGUGGAGGCGCUCAUCGGGGCCGAGAAGCAGCAGCCCCCCGCGCCGCCCCCGCGGCAGCCCAAGCGGCGGAAGGUGGGCGGCGAGGACGAGGCGGCGGACGACGAAGCGGGCAGCGGCUGCUGCGCCGGGAGCCCGGCGGCCACCAGCGGUAGGAACGGCGGAGACAUGGAGCCGGGCUGCGCCCGAGGGCCCGCCGGAGCCGAGGAGGGAUUCGCGGCGUCGUCCCCGCCCGCCUCGCCCGUCGUGGGCUCCCCGAAGGGCUCCGGGCCCGCCUCGCCUCUGCCCGCUCCCCAGGCGCCGCGCGUGGAGCUGCAGGGCGCCGAGCUCUGGAAGCGCUUCCACGAGAUCGGCACCGAGAUGAUCAUCACCAAGGCGGGCAGGCGGAUGUUUCCCGCAAUGAGAGUGAAGAUCUCAGGUUUAGACCCCCAUCAGCAGUAUUACAUCGCCAUGGAUAUUGUGCCGGUGGAUAACAAAAGAUACAGGUAUGUUUAUCAUAGCUCCAAGUGGAUGGUGGCUGGUAACGCUGACUCCCCAGUACCACCUCGUGUUUAUAUUCACCCCGAUUCACCGGCCUCCGGGGAAACAUGGAUGAGGCAAGUGAUCAGCUUCGACAAGCUGAAGCUCACCAACAACGAACUUGAUGAUCAAGGGCAUAUUAUCCUUCACUCUAUGCAUAAAUACCAGCCUCGUGUCCACGUCAUCCGGAAAGACUGUGGAGAUGAUCUGUCCCCGGUAAAGCCUAUCCCUUCAGGAGAAGGAGUUAAAGCAUUCUCCUUUCCAGAGACAGUUUUCACCACUGUCACAGCAUACCAAAAUCAACAGAUAACUCGUCUGAAGAUUGACAGGAAUCCAUUUGCCAAAGGGUUUAGAGAUUCAGGACGUAACAGAAUGGGACUGGAAGCUUUGGUGGAGUCCUAUGCUUUCUGGAGACCUUCCCUUAGGACACUCACCUUUGAAGAUAUACCUGGGAUACCUAAACAAGGAAAUGCAGGUUCUUCUACCUUGCUCCAGGGAUCUGGCAGUGGAGUGCCUUCUACCCACCCUCACCUUUUGCCGGGUUCCCCUUGCUCAUCUCCAGCCUUCCAUCUCAGUCCCAACACUAGCCAGCUCUGUAGCCUUGCUCCUGCUGACUACACAGCUUGUGCCCGCUCAGGUUUGACCCUGAACAGAUACAGCACUUCUUUGGCUGAAACCUACAACAGGCUCACAAGCCAAACCAGUGAGACAUUUGCACCCCCAAGGACUCCCUCUUAUGUUGGUGUGUCGAGUAGCACAACUGUGAAUAUGUCAAUGAGCGGCAAUGACGGGGAUGCAUUCAGCUGCCCGCAAACUGGCUUAUCUAUGCAGAUUUCAGGGAUGUCUCCACAGCUCCAGUACAUCAUGCCAUCCCCUUCCAGCAAUGCCUUUACCACUAAUCAAACCCACCAAGGCUCCUACAACACAUUUAGACUGCACAGUCCCUGUGCUCUGUAUGGAUAUAACUUUUCGACAUCCCCUAAACUGGCUGCCAGUCCUGAGAAAAUUGUUUCUUCCCAAGGAAGUUUCUUGGGGUCCUCGCCGAGUGGAACCAUGACGGAUCGGCAGAUGUUGCCCCCUGUGGAAGGAGUGCACUUACUUAGCAGUGGGGGGCAGCAGAAUUUCUUUGACUCUAGGACCCUAGGAAGCUUGACACUCUCAUCUUCUCAAGUGUCUGCACAUAUGGUUUGAUGAAGCUUUUAAGUAAAAGUACAGUAUGUUUGGUGUCUACAAUGUAUUUCUUUUGGAGUAUGAAGGGACAAUCGAUGUAGCUUGUAAAGUGUGUGUAUAUAUAAUAUGAGAGGAAGUUUCACUGAUUUUUUGACUUGUUUGCUGCCAGAUUAUUCUCCUAUUUUGAGUUGCACGGAGUUUUCUGCAGCGCAGACUGCUUUAGUUUUCUGGUAUAAUACACUUAGUUGUGUAACACGUUGGGACAUAUGCAACAAAUUAAGUAAGACUUCCUCCCCUUUCCCCCUCCUCUGUUCUAACCCCUUUAAAGAAUGAAAUGACACUUAGAGUAUUAAACGACACAAACAAGCCCACUUACAUUGCCUGUAGUACUAGUGAGAUUCUUUAAAACAUUCAUGCAGUGUUAAGCUGAUGCACCAAAGGCAUUUUACAAUCUUCUUCUCUGUUAUAAGGGAUAUGAAGAGUAUUUGGACUUUCAAGUGUUAAGUAUCAAGCAUCCAGCCUAAAAUAGAAGUUUAGCUAAUGGAUUAUUUACAAAGUAAACAGAAAGAUUAGUUUGCCUUCUCAUGAUACGCUGUUUUUAGCUUAUCAACGGCACAGCAUUCUUACUAGUGUUUUUUUUCUGCAUUAGUCUAGAUUUAUGAUUAGGAAUUGAAGAUAAAUAGCGCUUAUUCAAAUUGCGGUGAUGUGAGUGAUUUAAACGAACAGCCAAAGAAAUGGCAUUCCUUGGUACAGAAUGAACUUUGGGGUGCUUCAUUUUUGUCAAAGGAAGGGCUUGACUCAUCUUUUUUCCAUCAUAAAUAUUGCCUAUAAGACAUUUAAUGAACAGUAGGAUAUUCUAAUGUAUCUUUGUUUUUAUAUUUUUACUUUUUUAAAGCAAAUGCAGGUUUGAUUUAGAAAAAGUGUGCAGGAUGAGAAAUUCUGUGAUUGAUUUUACCAUUUUUUGUGUGUUGUGACCCCCCCCCCUCCUCCCCAUUUUUUUUUUUUUAUAAGAGAAAAAAGUCCUCAGUAUUUCAUAACUUGCAUUCAUAUUGCCCGUAGAAGCAAUAUAAAAGCAGAACUUUCUUCUGGCUGCCUCCCUGUAAUGUGGCCAAGUUGGGACUGGGAUUACAAUGGGCAAAAUUCCUUUAGUAGUUUUUUUCGAAAGGUACUGUGUAACACCUAGAGCCUGUUUCCCUCCCUCCAGGGAGCCCUCUGUCUUUUGUUGUUGUUCCUUUCUGUCAUGGGGCUUUUGCUGCUCUGUUUCUCAGUCUUUGCUAUGGAAUUAUGGAAUUCCCAUCUCUGGUUUAACUGGCAAUUGCAAGAACAGAAUGCAGAUCAAAAUCUGCUCCUGAUCAAGCUUCUUCAUUGUGAUGAGCACAUGGGGAGAUGCUGGUCCUGGGGAUUCUUCUGCCCUCAUCUGUGCCUGCACCUCUGUGUUGUGCAUGGUCCUGCUGCGAGAGCUGCUUUCCGGCUGCGUGCCUGUUGGAGCUGAAACACGAAGGGUAUGGAAGCGAUUUUAAUGAUUGAGACCAUCAGCCAUCUUCAACAUUGCCCUAACCCUCCUCUGUACUACGCAGGUGAUAUAAAGGUGUCAUAAAGUGGGUACAAAAGUAACUAAAAAUGCUUCCCUGUUCAAUACUGAAGGAGAAAAAGGCCUUCAGAUUUUACAUUUUUCAGUGAAAGUGUUUUGAUGUCUUUCCUGGCAAACAGUGGGCUUAACAACUACCACCUAAAAAAAUACUCAGUGCAGCUAAUGUUUCUUCAGUAGAUCAGAGAUAACGCAUACAGAAGCAGCCCUCUCUCUAUCUUUCCUUAGUACUUAGGAAAAAAAAGAGGCACCGCAACAAACUUUAAGCUGGUGCCUGGGGAAGGCUCUAUUCCUAUCAGUUAUGUUUUGUUUAUAUUAAAGAAGAUGCUUAGAAAGUUCUCACUAAAGCUGGAGAGAUAAGAGGGUGAGCCUGCCAUGGAAGAGAUGAGUUUACUUCUUUGCUGUCACAAGCUUCCCAAGUGACCUUAUGCAAUUCACUUAACUUUUAUUUUUUCUUUUCUAAAAUGUGCUAAUAGCACUUCUCUGCCUCAUUAGGAAAUGCUGACUGUACAUGAAAGGUGAAGAUGAUCUUUACAUCUGAUGUACCGUGGGCAGUACAUUCAGGGUGAAUGGCUGGGUAGUGCCCAUGUGUGAGGAAAACAAAGAGUAUUAAUGUAACUUGGGUCUGUUGCUAGUUUCUUGCAUUGCAUUGUCCUUUGAUGCAGACCUAUAAUACUAAAAACACUGUUUAAAAAACUCCCAGUAAUAAUUUGUGAAAUGGUUCUAAGAUAUGUAAAAGAAGGUCAGUAUUUCAAUGUUGUGAAUUGUCAUAGCUCUGUCGGUUUCAGUUAACAAGAGUUGUGUAAUUUCUGCUCCAGACCAAACUUUGAAAUGUUGCAGUUGGACAUAAUGCUAAAUGAGAGGAGCGGUACAAUUAAUCUAUAUGUGAAAAGGAAUAAGCAAUAUAAUUAUCCAUGUCAUCUUAAAGGCUGUGACUGUGUAGGAAUGUGGAAGAGCUAAGUCAUGCGAGUUCCUACAAGGAGGAAAAGUCGACUGUGGAUGGAUGUAGCAUGGAAGUGCCCCCAACAAGAGCGUGUGCUUUGUCACCUGGGAAGUUUUUAGAACUGCUCUCAUAUUUUUCCUGAAAGUAUUCCUUCCAUAUAGCCGCACAAUAUGUUUUGAAACAUUUGUUCCUUAAAAUUUGAAUCAUAUUGUAAAUACUUACUGGUGUGCCAUUGUGAAAAGACUAGCUUUUUAUU